GCGGGCCAGGUCCACAGUGGGAUUCGUUCCCGCCGGAAGGAUUUCCCAGAGGCACUAACUCUCCUUCCGGCCAGCUCGGCCCGGAAGCGCAGUGUCUGGGCUGCUGGCUUGGCGGCGCCUCAUCUUUUCCCCGUUGCUCCCGGGGCGUGGUCGCUGCGGCCCGGGCUCACGCGCGCCAGCGAUGGAGGGGCAGCGGGUGGAGGUGGACGGCGGGAUCAUGGAAGGGGGUGGUCAGAUCCUCAGGGUCUCCACCGCCCUGAGCUGCCUCCUGGGCCUCCCUUUGCGCGUGCAGAAGAUCCGCGCGGGCCGCAGCACGCCGGGCCUCAGGCCUCAGCAUUUAUCUGGACUGGAAAUGGUUCGAGAUUUGUGUGACGGGCACCUGGAGGGGGCAGAAAUCGGCUCCACAGAGAUCACCUUCACACCAGAGAAGAUCAGAGGUGGAAUCCACACAGCUGAUACGAAGACAGCAGGGAGUGUGUGCCUCUUGAUGCAGGUCUCAAUGCCUUGUGUUCUGUUCGCUGCUUCUCCGUCGGAACUUCGUUUAAAAGGUGGAACUAACGCUGAGAUGGCACCGCAGAUUGAUUACACCUUGAUGGUUUUCAAGCCAAUCGUUGAGAAAUUUGGUUUCAAAUUUAAUUGUGACAUUAAAAUGAGGGGCUACUACCCGAAGGGGGGCGGCGAAGUGAUUGUCCGAAUGUCGCCAGUUAAACAGUUGGACCCAAUAAACCUGACUGAUCGAGGCUCUGUGACCAAGAUUUAUGGGAGAGCUUUUGUUGCUGGCGUUUUGCCACUCAAAGUAGCAAAAGAUAUGGCCGCGGCAGCUGUGCGGUGCAUCAGAAAGGAGAUGAGGGAUCUGUACGUCAGCAUCCAGCCUCUACAGGAGUCCAGAGACCAAGCCUUUGGCAACGGCAGUGGGAUCAUCAUUGUUGCUGAGACAUCCACUGGCUGCUUGUUUGCUGGAUCAUCACUUGGCAAAAGAGGUGUGAAUGCAGACAAGGUUGGAAUUGAAGCUGCUGAAAUGCUGUUAGCAAAUCUUAGACAUGGCGGCACAGUGGACGAGUACCUACAAGACCAGCUGAUUAUUUUCAUGGCGCUAGCCAAUGGAAUUUCCAGAAUAAAAACAGGACCAGUCACACUGCACACACAAACAGCUAUUCAUUUUGCAGAACAACUAGCCAAGGCCAAAUUCACUGUGAAGAAGUCAGAAGAGGAAGAAGAUGCCUCUAAAGACACUUACAUCAUCGAAUGUGAAGGAAUCGGGAUGGCGAAUCCACAUCUCUAGGGGCUUUACCUAAGCGAUACCUCCAUGUUGGGCUAACUGAUUUUAUAUAUGCUGUGACACAGUGACUAAGAAGUAAGAUAUUGACUGAAUUUGGAGGAGAUGAAGCGUAGUACUUUGAGAUGCUGAGAAUGCUUCAUCAUGUGAAGCUCACCUUGACUGUCUCCUGAGAUACACACAGUGACAGACAAAACUUGGUGAGGAUGGUAGUCAAUUUCAGUAUUAAAGUGUUGAAAUCAGAUGUGGUUGAUACCCCAAAUAUGCGCUGCUUCUCCUUUUUUUUCCCCAAAUGUAAUAAACUAAGCCAGGGACAUAGAGUUGAUCUGUAGUUUGUGUUACUAGUGACCUCAUCUGUAGUUUUACUUUCUGUAGUUUGAACUACCUAGUGUCAACUUUGGUCCUGAAAUAUUAACUAGAAAUUUUGACAUAAAUAACUCAUCAGUUUUGAAUGCAACUUCUUUCUGAAUAGCAUGAUGAAAUCGCGUACCUUCUGUUCUGUCCCACCUGUGAGAUGAAUCAUUUGUCCAGUAUGUCAAUAUUAUUUUUGCCACUAACCUGCCCAUGACACACUUAGUAGCUGUUUGCUAUCAGAUCAGUAGUUGUAGUAUUACAGUGUCUGUGUUCCAGUGACAUUAGACUAUUAAAGGCUCCAGUGUGCAGGAGCAGGCCCGGCUUGACCGUUCAGGUGUGUCCAAAAGAAAUGCUUCCAUUAAGUAGCAUAUCGCCAUCUUAACCCUAGCAGGUUUGGCCACAUUUAUCUCAAACACGUCUGUCUGGCUUGGAGUGUUCCAGAAGAGUUGAGUGCCCUUAGGAUAGAAAUGUGCCGCCAUUGCUCUCUGCUGCUCCUGUUAGCAGCUGAGGUGCCUCGAGUGAACCUGGUCUGAUGUUUCAGCUCAGUAUGCGCUCUCUGUCUGUCUGCGUGUAGUUGAUAAAAACGUGGAUGGAUCUGACUUGGAUCUUACCUAGUGAUACGUUAAACAUUGUCCAAGUCAAUCCGGAGAGGGUGCUGAAAUACCUUCAGGAAAUUUAAAUUUGUAUGUAUCGACCAGUCAUUGUCCAAGUCAAUCCAGAGAGGGUGCUGAAAUACCUUUAGGAAAUUUAAAUUUGUAUGUAUCGACCAGUCUGCUCAGAGCAAAAUAUGGUCAUUAUCCUUGCCAGUGGUUUCGAUAGCCUCGGAUAGUAGGUGCAGUUUGCUUCAUAGAUGAAGGGUAAUUAAGUACAUAUUCACAAAGUAAGUAAGCCUUGUAAGUUGCUCACUCUGUAAUAAUUGAGAUAGGAGAUAGACUUUUAUCCUUGGAGUAAAGCUUUUAGAAUUCUGGUAAGUCAGGCCUCCCUCAGGCUGGUGUGACCCUUUGUGCUGGUAGGAUGUUGUCAAUGGUGUUGAACUCAGCAGCUCGGAUGGUGACAGUGUGGUUGAUGUUGGUAGGAAUGCCAUUGUUAAAUCUGCUUCUCAACAAAGGUAGGGCAGCCGUAAGCUUUGUUACUCCCUCGGGGAGCUAAAUAGCUUCUGUUAUAAUUCUCACUUGAUUUCCUGUGUUAAUAAGAGGGAAUUGUUAAUAGUUAAUAACAAAUAGAAGGAGUUCUGGGGAUUUGCCGCUCUUUAACAUUAGUAGACGGGGUCCUUAUACUGGCCAUGCACUCCCUGUUUAGCAGAGGCUGGUCUUGAACUCUGAUUCUUCUGCCUCCAUCUCCAUGUGCUGGUAUUACAGCACUAAAUACACUAAUAGCCUGGCUCUUUAAGAAUAUUUUAGGGACUGAUCUAACUCAGUGGUAGAGUACUUGCAGUGUGUUCAUGAGGCCCUGUGUGCUCUCAUGCCCACAAGAACUAAAACUAAUAUUCCUCAAACUUGUUUUGGUUUCUGUUUGCCUACAUCAGGGCUUCAUUUAGAGAACUGGUUUCCAACUUUCCCUGCUUACAUAUUUCUUCCUCAAAUCGAGGAGCCUGAAAGCAGGGCAGGUUAGUGGGUUCCUCUUUUAGAUUCUCUUUCACAACCUGCCCUUCUUCCUCUUGACAAAAGUUUUUUUUUUUUUUUUUUUUAAUCCCCAUUAUAAUAUUGCUCUUAUUUUUAUCUUGCACUCUUCUAGACUGUAAGAAAAUCUCCAGGGCACUAGAAAUAAAAACUUGACUUAUUAUUCUUUGAAAGACUACUCAAAGAUACACAUUUGUGUCUAUGUAUAUUAUGUAAAAUGGGCUUCAGUGUUUACAUAAAUCAUCGCAACAGUGCAUCUUUAAAUAAAGCUAAUGUUUAUGAUUAUUAGAA